AUGUGUGGUAUUCUGUUGCAUUAUGCUCCCGACCAGGGUACCAAACAGGGACUUGUUGAUGAAUAUGUUGAGUAUGGCGAAUGCCCUGUGACAACGGAUAAGAAAUCGAAGACGUCAGACAUCUUUGAGCAAAUAGUGCCCUACAUAAAAGCCAGAGGCCCAGAUUACUGCUCAUUCAGAUCUUUGAGAGAACAUUGUACUGCCUGGUUCUCGUCGGUGCUCUCGCUGAGGGACCCUUUUACAUCCCAAAGUGUGGACAUCGACGGAAGGUACAUCUUGCAAUUCAAUGGGGAGCUCUACAACGCAGAAGUGCAAAACAAUGACACGCAGUUUAUCGUCUCGAAGUUGCUAGCACCUGAGGCUGACGUUUACCAGAUUGUUCAAUCUUUGCAAGGCGAGUUUUCCUACACGAUAUAUGACUUGAAGAAGCACAAGUUCUUCUUUGGCCGCGAUAAUGUGGGCAAAAGAAGUCUGGGUUACCGCUUGUGUCGGGAAAGUGGUGAACUGUAUGUAUCCAGCGUGUCUGGCGCAAUUGACGGAUUUGUCGAUUGCGCCGCAGGGGCCAUCUACGUUUAUGAUCCUGCGACGAAAAGCCUUGACCACUCUUUUGAGCUAACGUCGCCGUAUACUGUCUCACCUGCAGUUGACCACGAGCUCACUGGCCUGGACUGCGCUGUGACUCAGCUCUAUGAUGUACUCGACCUUGCUGUGCGCAAACGCGUCCGCUCCAUACAUCCUAUACAUAUCGAGAACUCUCCAAUCGGAAUACUGUUUUCUGGAGGUCUUGACUGUACCGUGAUAGCUGCCCUUGUAUGCAGACAACUUCAGCAGUGCUCAAUGACGCGCAAGGUAGUAGAGUUGAUAAAUGUAGGAUUCGAGAACCCAAGGACAGGAAUUAUGCCAGCAGAUACACCGGACCGAAAGCUGGCUUCAAGCAGCGCUAGAUUCUUGAAGAGACAGUACCCUGACAUCGAUAUAAGGCUCAUCGAAGUUGACGUUCCGUAUGAGGAAUAUCUGCAACAGAGAGACACCGUGAUUGAUUUGAUGUACCCCAAGGAUACUGAAAUGGAUCUUUCGAUUGCAAUAGCCUUCUACUUCGCCUCACGAGGUGCCGGCAAACUGCGAAGCUCUGCAGGGGAGACAGUGGCCUACCAGCGACAAGCAAUUGUUCUGUUCAGCGGUCUCGGCGCAGACGAACUGUACGGCGGGUACCACAAGCUAGCUAACAAAUCACUGGCUGAGUUACAGCAGGAACUUUCCAGACAGAUAAACAACAUUCACGACAGGAAUCUGAAUCGGGAUGAUAAGGUGAUUGCCAUAAACGGAGUCGAAGUUCGGUAUCCGUUCUUGGACCACGACGUGAUCCAGUUCUCGACGCAAGAGCUUCCUAUCAGCUAUAAGAUCAACAAACUAGCACUGAGAAAGCUUGCAUCGGAUAAAUUAGCCCUCGACGGAAUUUGCGACGAGCCCAAGAGGGCUAUCCAGUUCGGGACCAAGAGCGCCAAAAUGACCAAAGACGGCAACAAACACGGAACUGACCGGCUUAAGUGA